AUCGCUGUGGUUGGUAGCGCGUCAACCGGGAAGAGCUGCCUCGCGCUGCGAUACACAGACGGGAAGGACAUGGAAGCAGAAGUCCUAAAGAAGGCAGUAUGCGGUGCCACUCUAAGUGCUGGAUGUCGGACGCGAAAGGUCGAGUGCGAAGGCAAACGUGUUGGUGUACAUGUAUGGGACACUGCAGGACUGGAACGCUUCCGCGCUAUUACUCGAAAUUACUACCACCGAGCGCAGGGGAUACUCCUGGUGUACGAUGUCACAAGGCGAGAUACCUUUGACGCUUUACAAUCUUGGUACGACGAGAUCAAGAAGUACGCACGAGACGGCGUGGUCGUUGCCCUUGUCGGGAACAAGAUCGAUGAACAGGAUUCUCCGCGUCAGGUAUCUUACCAGGAAGGGCACGAAUUUGCUCAACGGCAUGAUAUCCUUUUCUUCGAAGUUUCCGCCUUCACUGGACAGCGUGUUGAAGAUACAUUCACACAAGUCAUCAGACGAAUGCUAGUGCCGGGUGCACGCACGACUGCGGGGCCGGCCGCUCGGUCUGUCGAGCUAGACAACCCCUCGAUUGGGGCCGCGCCCACCACUAAUUGUUGGUGUUAAUCCCCAUAUUAUUAUUGCUUCUGGAUCGUCAGAGCCCAGAAAAUAACU